UCCUCCGCAAACCAUUUAAUCUUCACUCUUUCCCAGUUCCUUCGUUUGUUUCAUCCUCUAACGUUUCCUUCAACGUUUCAAUUUCUGCAUUACUCUUUCCUUCUGUGGUACUUCUUCCUCAUCAACAACACCCAACAACAUGUUCAUGGGUGGCUUCUUUACUGCAUGGUUCAAAACUCAGAAGCACAGUCAUCCGUAUUAUCGUUUGAAUGAUAGAGAAGAUGGUACAUUGAAGUGCUUCAGUUUAAAGGAUUUAAAAGCUGCAACAAGGAACUUAAUUCAAGUGAGAGAUGACAAGCUUUGUUGUGUUAAGGGGUGGAUUGAUGAGCAUACAUUAGCCCCCAGUAAACCAGGUCCGGGCUUUGAAAUUACUGUCAGGAAGCUUAACCAAGUGUGCCAUCAGGAACAUGAUGAAUUGUUGUUGAGUUUCAACAACAUGGGACAAUUGAGUCAUCCCAAUCUUGCCAAACUCAUUGGUUAUUGCUUAGAGGAUAUCCACCCCAUUUUGGUAUACGAUUUUUCAGCCGAGGGAAGCUUGGACAAUCAUUUGUAUAAAAGAUCUUCUAAUGUUCAGCCGCUAUCAUGGAAAAGCAGAAUGCAAAUAGCUCUUGAUGUUGCUAAGGCUCUUGCAUAUCUUCACAGUGAUGAAGUCAAAGUGAUACGUGGAGAUUUAAAUACUUCUAAUAUCUUAAUUGAUCCAAAUCACAAUGCAAAGGUAUUCGAUUUCGGAUUAAAUAAAAACGAUGGGGUUACUAGGUGCUAUGAUUAUGCAGCAAUUUACUCAGCACCUGACUACUUUAUGACAGGUCAACAAACCAAAAAGGGUGAUGUAUACAGUUUUGGAGUUGUUCUGUUGGAAAUCAUGUCUGGCAAAUGUGUAUUUGAUAAAAAUAGGCCACAAAAUGAACGUAAUUUAAUUGAAUGGGCCAAGCCGUUGCUCUUGAACAAAUGCAAGAUCUUCCGAGUCAUGGAUUGCUAUAUAGAAGGGCAAUACUCGCCGCGUGAAGCAAUGAAAGUAGCUUGCAUUGUAAUUUGUUGUCUGUCUGAAACACCAAAAAAUAGACCAAACAUGGAUGAGGUGGUGACAGCAUUGGAACAGCUUCAGGAUUCUGAUGACACAAUUGGAACAGCUUCUCCACUUUGUGGAAAUUGACAUUAUUUUGCAUUUUUGAAUAAACAUUAGGAGACUCAAACAUCUUCUGCUAUCUGUGUCACGCCAUGUUGACAUUAAGAGUAUAUGACUUCACUAAUGCUAAUCCUAUAAUUUAAGUAAUACAGUUCUCUUUUACAUUGAUAGGUAUCAUAUAACUUUAUUGCAAAUUGCAAUAUCAUGUAAUACAUUGAAAUUCAUAUAUUAUUUAUU